GACAUCAGUGAAAUAAAGUUAUACGAGUGUCUGCAUGCAUGCGGAUUCACGCCUGCACGCCGAUUGGCAGUUAGCAGAACGCCCUCAUACAUCAGCUGGACGCACAACAAACGUCAAAUAUAAAUAAAUAGAAAUGUCAGGCGGAAAAGUGACAGUGCAUCCAAUAACAAACAACCCCACACAAGCAUGGGAGCAGAUUCGAACAACCCAGCGCACCAUCAAGCUCAACGUGAAAACCCCAACCACACCGCCUGAUGAGAACAUGCUGCGAUUUGUGUGUAUGAGUGACACCCAUAGUCUGACAUCACACAUCCAGCUGGACAUACCAGAUGGCGAUGUCUUCAUUCACGCUGGAGAUUUUACUAGAUGUGGCAGUGCCGUUGAGGUAGAAGAAUUCAACAAUUGGAUAGGUGCUCUUCCACACAAACACAAGGUCGUUAUAGCUGGUAAUCAUGAGUUGAGCUUUGACAGCAAGUUCACAACAACCACUAGGCAACACCACAAAACAGCACAUACAGGAGACAGUCUUAUCAAUGAGAUUCCUGACUUGGGGAUGGAACGAGAGGAAUUGUGCGCAGCUGUUGCCGAACAAAACACAGUUGAUUUGGUGACGAAUGCCAUCUACUUACAGGAUCAGGCUCUUACAAUAUGUGGGAUCAGACUAUACGGAACACCAUGGCAGCCAGAGUAUUGCAAUUGGGCCUUCAACCUACCAAGAGGCACAUCCUGCCUGGAGAAGUGGGAUGCCAUCCCCGAGGAUACAGAUAUCCUGAUCACUCACACCCCUCCUGUGGGUCAUGGGGACCUCUGCUGCACAGGGGUGAGGGCAGGAUGUGUCGACCUCCUUUCCACUGUGCAAACCAGGGUUAAACCUAAGUACCAUGUAUUUGGGCAUAUUCAUGAAGGUUACGGUGUGACAACGGACGGAAAAAUUAUUUUCAUCAAUGCCUCAACUUGCAACAUCAAUUUUGUCCCUAUCAAUCCACCCAUUGUGUUUGAUGUUCCCAUUCCCUCAGGCUUUUCAAAGUGACCAACCACCUUUACUGCCUAGAAUGGGACUCUCAUAGGGCUGCUUUUGUUGUUGACU